AUGUCAGAUGUGGAAGCACGACUGGCGGCUGUGGAAGACCAUCUUGGGUCUGUAUCCAAGUUGGCAGCGGCGACAGCCAAGGGGCAAGGGAAGGAGCGGACGGGCCGCCUGGUGGUUGUGUUCUCAACGGGAGGGUUCAAAGAGCGGGUGUUGGAAAUCCUGCGCCAGUGGGACGCAGGGGCGGCGGCUUUUAAAAAUGCUGAGGGCGGUGAGGGUGGCGAGGGAGGGCGUGGUUCGGCGGCAAGCUCUGGUGCGGGCGAAGGGCGUCCACCUCCACUCAAAUACCAACUUUACCAAGCGAUGGUCGAACAGCUGGCCACACAGGGUCUGGGGGAGCCGGUGCUCACUACACUCAGGGCCACGCCUGGGUCGGCAAUCGAGUCCACGACGGCAAAACUGCCGGAAAGCAUCGGGGAUGGAGCCUUCAUUUUUACCCUCCUUUUCCAACCGAACCUCGAAGGACUGGCUGCUAGAGCAGCGCUCCAAAGCACCACUGCCAAGCAAGCUGUGCAGAAAAAAGGAAGUAUCUGGCCUGAGUGUGGCAUUAAGCCUGCCAGGUUCGCCCCCGGAAAGUAUCACCGAGAGGUUCUUCAGUUUCAAGGAUACUCGGAGGAGGACCAAGUGGGGUACUUCAAAGGAAAGAAAGGAGGUAAGGGUGGGGGCCGGGAUGGGAGGAAUGCCGCGCCUGGGAAGCGAGCAGCCUCGCAUCGUCUGUCCGUUUCCGCCCCGGGGGAUGCCAAGCGCCGCUAA